AUGAAGGACAGCCCCAAUGGAGGCCUGCCCGGGGAGCCCAAGGACAGAGUGGCACCUGCCGCCUGCAUGAACACCUGCACUGGUGUUCAUGAGCAUACGGUGGUGCAGCUCCUGCGACUGAUGGCUUUGCCUACCCAUCUAGCUGACCUGCUGUCUUCUGAAUACCUUGAGAGGCAUAUCGAGCAAGGUGGGAAGACAGUGGAAGUUAAAGGAGGAGAACAUUGCUAUUAUCAGGGACAAAUUCGAGGAAAUCCUGUAUCAUUUGUUGCCUUGUCAACAUGCCAUGGAUUACAUGGUAUGUUCUAUGAUGGAAAUCAUACUUACCUUAUUGAGCCAGAUGAAAACUACACUUCAGAUGAUGACUUCAAUUUCCACUCUGUUUACAAAUCCAAGUUGUUUGAGUUUCCUUCGGAUGACCUGCCAUCUGAGUUCUGGCAAAUGAAUACUACAUCGCAGAAGCUUGUUGUAAAGCCAAGACACAAAAGAAGUAAAAGGCAGGUUCGUCAGAUUCCACGUAAAGUUGAAGAGGAAACAAAAUACAUUGAAUUAAUGAUUGUAAAUGAUCAUCUAAUGUGUAAAAAGCACCGCUUAUCAGUCGGCCAUACAAACAGCUAUGCUAAAUCAGUUGUGAACAUGGCAGAUUUAAUAUAUAAAGAACAACUUAACACCAGGAUAGUAUUGGUUGCCAUGGAAACCUGGGCUACUGAUAACAAGUUCACCAUAUCUGAAAACCCUUUGGUGACCCUGCGUGAGUUUAUGAAAUAUAGGAGGGAUUUUAUCAGAGAGAAAAGUGACGCAGUUCACCUUUUUUCGGGGAGUCGAUUUCAGAGCAGUCGGAGUGGUGUAGCCCACACUGGUGGAAUCUGCUCCUUGCUUAAAGGCGGAGGUGUGAAUGAGUUUGGAAAGCCAGACUUAAUGGCAGUUACCCUGGCACAGACCUUGGCCCAAAACAUUGGCAUUUUCUCAGACAGAAGAAAACUUAUAAGUGGUGAGUGUAAGUGUGAAGAUACGUGGUCUGGAUGCAUAAUGGGAGACACGGGGUAUUAUCUUCCAAGCAAGUUCUCCAAAUGUGAUAUUGAAGAGUAUCAUGAAUUUUUAAACAGUGGAGGUGGAGCCUGCCUUUUCAAUAAACCAACCAAACUUCUGGAUCCUCCAGAAUGUGGCAAUGGCUUUGUGGAAGAUGGAGAAGAGUGUGACUGUGGGACGAUAGCGGAGUGUGCCAGCGAAGGAGGAGAGUGCUGCAAUACUUGCACCCUGACGGCAGGCUCGCAGUGCAGCAAUGGGCUUUGCUGUCGGAAGUGCCGGUUUGAACCUAAAGGAGUUUUGUGCCGAGAAGCAGUGAAUGAUUGUGAUAUUGCAGAGAACUGCACAGGAAAUUCCAGUCAGUGUUCGCCCAAUAUUCAUAAAAUGGAUGGAUAUUCAUGUGAUAACAAGCAGGGUAUUUGUUUUGGAGGAAGAUGUAAAACCAGGGACCGUCAGUGUAAAUAUAUCUGGGGUGAAAAAGUGACAGCUGCUGACAGGUACUGCUAUGAGAAGCUGAAUAUUGAAGGGACUGAGAAAGGAAACUGUGGAAGAGACAAGGACUCUUGGAUACAGUGCAAUAAACAGGAUGUGCUUUGUGGGUACCUUCUGUGCUCCAAUAUAUCCAGUGUGCCCAGACUUGGAGAACUAGAUGGUGAAAUCACAUCGUCAAUCUUGCAGUAUGGAAAAGUCUACAAUUGCAGUGGCGGCCAUGUGAAGCUCGAUGAGGAGACGGACCUGGGCUAUGUGGAGAACGGGACGCCGUGUGGGCCGGACAUGGUGUGCCUUGAGCAUCGCUGCCUCCCCGCUGAGGCCUUCAACUUCAGCACCUGCCCAGGCACCGCAGGCAGCCAGAUUUGUUCAGGACACGGUGUAUGUUCUUGUACUCUUUAA